GCGACAAGAGAAACCAGCUGCAAGAGCAGACAGAAGAGAUAAACCUCUUUGCAGACAGACAGACAGACGUCCAGGAUGCGUGCUCUGGUGGUGUUGCCUCUGCUGUUGUGUGCGGUGCUGCAGGUGGAGCAGGUGAGAGCAGAAGUGAAGGCGGUGAAGCUGUGCGGGCGAGAGUUCCUGAGGGCCGUGGUUUACACUUGUGGAGGAUCCCGCUGGAGGAGGUUCCUCACUGAGACAGACAUGGAGGUUCCAGGUUUGCCCACAGCUGAUCACAACAGUCUGGAGGAUCUGAGCAGCAGCACUUCUAUCUCUCAGCUGAGCAGACGGGACAUCAACAACAUCCUGACCACGGUGUGCUGCCAGGUGGGCUGCAGGAAGAGCGACCUCACCUUCCUCUGCUGAGGCUCAGCCCCUCUCUCACUCCUCUCAUUCUCACAGUGACCAAAGUGACUCUCAAUCUGAAUCCAUAUGCUGACGUUGUAAUUAUCAGUGUCUGCACAACAGCCCUGGCUGCUAUUUUACUGUUUGCUUUUCAGUGUUUUUGGUUUAUUUCUUUUUUGUAGAAGUGAAUGUUUAACAGUUGAGCAUCUGUGAACGUGUCUGAAACAUAGCUGGAUUUACAUGUACAACAAUGUAAGGAUGUCUGUCAUUGUAAUGUAAAUGAAGCAAUGGGAAUGAGGAGGAAAGCUAAAAUGCACUCAGGGAUGAUAUCCAAGCAGAGGACAGACCUGGUCACAGGUUUGUAACAUUCCCAUCCCUGCUUUGACGUAUUCAUAGGAAACUUUACUGUAUUCUGUUGUUUCAUGAUUUUUUUUGUCAAAUAAAUGUUCUGGCACAGGGCUUA